UCUCGGUGACACGUUAUUGCGUGAUCCCGGCGUGUUUUUAAAAGCCUCUCCGCCUGACGUGCGAGAACGAUUGUUUAACUGUUGCACUGUGGGCUCGCGGUGAUAAGUUAUGUAUAACAGAGCGGCUUGAGACGCGGCGGUGUGAAAUGAUAUUUGACAAGAUGGAUUGCGUUCCAUGGUCUCUGCGUGCGUGCGUACCUCUCCCUCUCUCCUGCCUGCCCUCCUGCACUCCUCGCGCGCACAGGCAUCGCACAAUCCAGUCAGCGCGCUCCAGCGCACCUUUCUCCUACUCUCCAUGAACGAACGGUGUGUGCUCACGAGAGAACUGGUCUGGUCAAACGCCCUCCCCCACAACUACACUACUGAUCCAACUACACCUGAGGGGAACACGAAGGAGCCGCUGCAAUGAAACACUUCAGACUGAAGAACCUGUGGAAAGCCAUGACCGUAGGACAGGCUGGUGGGGCGAUUGAAGCGGACGCCAGUGGGGGUCAGUCCAGCCCAGACUCAAGCCCCAGCCGUCGGCCAGACCCUGUUGACCUGGGCUUCACCGUAGUGACCUCGCUGCCCGGUCCUCCUCGGGGCCAGUUGGACGGCAGCGUGUCGGACCGGGACAAGACUGGAGCCACGCUGCUGUUCUCGGGCGUCUUCUUGGGUCUGGUGGGCAUGACCUUCACGGCCAUGGGCUGGAUCAAUUACGAGGAGAGCCGCGCUUUCGAGUGGACGCAGUUCCUGGGGCCCGUGCUGCUCUCGGUCGGGGCCACGUUCGUCUUUAUUAGCAUCUGCAAGUUCCGGAUGAUCUCCUGCCUGGCCUGCGGUCAGCAGGAGGACGAUGGUGGCAGUGACGGCAGAGGAGCCGAGGACGACAGCGAGCUGUCACGCAACCAAUCCUUUGUCUUCGCGGGCAUCAACCAGCCAAUCACGUUGCACCGCGCCACUGUGGUCCAGUACAUCCCACCCCCCUACGCGUCUGUCACGCAGGAGCCGGGUGUCCUCAGCGGUCAGCUCCCGCAGGGCUCCGCCCACAGUCCGCCGCAGUACUACAGCGUGUGCCCGCUAGAGCGUCCAGCUCAAAGCCGCAGUGCCAGCCUCGUGCCCAGCGCCCCGUCCAGCCGGCGGGAAAGCAGGAAUCCCACAGGGAGAGAGGAGGAAGAGGAGGAAAAGAAUGAGGCUUAUGAUGAAGAGGCUUUGGACUGUGUCUCUCCACCAGCUUAUGAAGAUCUCUACCCAUCUCUGCCCAAUGACAAUCACACCUAAGCUUUUUGCUCAACAAAUGAAUACUAAUAUACUGUAUGUUUUAUAUAUAUUUAUAUAUGCAGUAUAUUUGAUAUGCUCCAACCACAAAGGAAUGGUGACUCCAAACUAUUUUUACCUUUGUGUGUGCUGGUGGACCGUGAGGUCCUGUGCAGUUGCACAAGUUCAUUGACAUGCAGAGUGCCUUGUCUAAUGAUAUACCAACCGUGAUUAAGAAUCCCAUGGCUGAGGCACUGCCCAUUGGCACCCAUACUGCACUUUGAACUUCAAACUGCUUCCUUUACUGUUUGAAAGUUUAUAAAUAGAGUGUUUGAAAGCACUAACACAAAUGACUGCUGCAUAUUAACUUUAAAUGAGACUGAUGGCUGUGGUUUAGUACAGGGGCAAUGUGUGUUGGUGUUGGAGCAUUUUCACCAAUUUUAAGGUCUGGAGCAAUAGUGUUCUUGGAUGCCCGAAAUGAAAAUAUUUCAAAUAGCCUACUACAAGAAUUCCCAAAAUAUUAAUUAAUAUAAGAAAUUGUGAUUAAAAUGUCUCUCCAAAAUCUA